AUGGUCGUCAAGGUCGGCAUCAACGGGUUCGGCCGUAUUGGCAGAAUCGUCUUCCGCAACGCCAUCGAGCACGAUGACGUGAACAUCGUCGCCGUCAACGACCCCUUCAUUGAGCCAAACUACGCUGCGUACAUGCUCAAGUACGACACCACCCACGGCCAGUUCAAGGGCGAGAUCAAGGUCGAGGGCAAGGACCUCACCGUGAACGGCAAGACUGUCCGCUUCUACACUGAGAAGGACCCGGCGAACAUCCCGUGGUCAGAGACCGGCGCCUACUACAUCGUCGAGUCGACGGGCGUGUUCACCACGUCCGAGAAGGCCAAAGCCCAUCUCAAGGGCGGUGCCAAGAAGGUCGUCAUCUCCGCGCCCUCAGCCGACGCUCCCAUGUUCGUCAUGGGCGUGAACGAGAAGGAGUACAAGUCAGACAUCGAGAUCCUCUCGAACGCGUCCUGCACGACCAACUGCCUGGCUCCGCUCGCAAAGGUUAUCAACGAUAAGUACACCAUCAUCGAGGGUCUCAUGACCACCAUCCACUCGUACACUGCCACGCAGAAGACUGUGGAUGGUCCCUCCGCCAAGGACUGGCGCGGCGGCCGUACCGCUGCGCAGAACAUCAUCCCCAGCAGCACUGGUGCCGCCAAGGCCGUGGGCAAAGUCAUUCCGGAACUUAACGGCAAGCUCACUGGUAUGGCCAUGCGCGUGCCGACCGCCAACGUCUCCGUCGUCGACUUGACCUGCCGCAUUGAGAAGGAGGCCAGCUACGACGAGAUCAAACAGACCAUCAAGGCUGCCGCCGAGGGCGAGCUCAAGGGCAUCCUCGGAUACACCGAGGACGAAGUCGUUUCCUCUGACCUCAACGGCGACCCACGCUCCUCCAUCUUCGAUGCCAAGGCCGGCAUCUCCCUCAACAAGAACUUCGUCAAGCUCGUCUCCUGGUACGACAACGAGUGGGGCUACUCUCGCCGUGUCCUUGAUCUUCUGGUCCACGUCGCCAAGGUCGAUGGCAACUCGUAG